AUGCAUAUAUUCAGACUGAAUACUCAUGGAUGUUAUCCUUUGAUUUUCACAGCAUCUCAGACAGGUUCACUCCAAGAGUUAGAGGGUAUCAAGAAAAUUCUUGAUCAAUAUGUUGAUGUUGAUGUUGAUUCAGUACCAAUGCAUGCCUCCAUUCCAGAUCUUUGUGCUCCCCUCAACAAUGUUUCUGACAUUUCUCCUUACUUAAAGUUUGUGAGUCGUGAAAAUGAAAUCAAAAAGUUGAUUGAAAACAUGGAAAAUUUGUAUGAAGUUGCUAAAAAUCCCAAGAGAUAUCAGGAACCAAGGAAGUAUUUACGAUUCUCUGCAGUCACAGGAACAGCAGGAAAAGGCAAGACAACAUUUGCCCAGCGUGCUUAUGAAAGGACAGAUGUCUUAAUUACGUGUACAAAGGAGAGCAUUAUUAAACAUAUAGAGGAAUGUACUAAAGCAGGUCGUUCUUUUCGAGUCUCAUGCCGAGAAUUUUUCCUUGAUGAGUAUUCUGAAAAUCAUGAGCAUGUUUUUGGAAGGAGAUUACUUUAUGAGGCUUUAAAAUAUCGACUAAAUGGAAUUGACAACUAUGUGAGAUUCUGCAAGGAAAUAGGGAAAGUCUCAUUGCCUCUUACAGACAUUCUCACUUUAAUUCUUGAAUACUUUCCUUGCAAUGAUCCAAUGAUAUCAGAAAAUCCCCUCUUUAUUAUAAACAUUGAUGAAACCAAUGCAAUUUUUGAAACUAGAGAUAGUGCAAAAGAAAAAUUUUUCAAAGAAAUUCUCAAUACUCUUGUGAAUGUUAUCAUUCUGGCACAUCAGUUUGUUUUUCCAGUGUUAAGUGGAACACAUGCAGUGGAACUAUACAGAUUAGUUGAGUCAUCUGGUGUUUACACACAAGCAAUAGAUUUGCCACUACUCAAUGUUAAGCAUGCUGAGGAUGUGAUCCUUGAUCUUGCCAAUCGAGGGAAGCAUGAGAGUGAAAGGAUCAGGGACAUCUCACCAUAUCUGAAACAUGUUAUUGAACUUACUGGUGUUGUCGGACACUUUCUUGAGGUCAUGAUAUUCCAAAUGUCAAUUUAUGGCAUUUCUAAGAAGACUGGUGGUGCAGACUUUGAUCAAAAAAUUUUCAACCAAGAUGGGCUUUGUUAUUUUCUGCAAGAGUGCCAAAAUAAUCAAGCUGAUUGCCAAGGCAUUCUCAACAAAAUAGUGUCUAAACUAGAUUCCACUUAUCCUCAUUACCAAAACACUUACAAAGCAAAUAUUGAAAUUCUCCCCGAAUUGAUGGCAUACUCUUUGUUUGAGUGGGAUGUUGAUUGUACCACUGUGUUAG